UCUCAUCGAGACUUAAUCUCCAAAGUCUCCGCUGCCCCUUCAUUUGCGAUUGUUUUUGAGGUGAGAAUGGCUGGGAAAGAAGGUCAUGCAAUAGGAAUUGAUCUGGGCACGAAGUAUUCAUGUGUGGGAGUUUGGAAGCAUGGUGAUAAUAAUGUAGAAAUCAUAGUGAACGAUCAGGGAAACAGGACCACGCCAUCAUGUGUUGCUUUCACUGAAACUGACCUUCUGGUUGGAGAAGCAGCGUAUAAUCAAGUGAUUAGAAACCCUGACAACUCCAUCUUUGAUGCAAAGCGGUUGAUCGGCAGAAAAUUCAGUGAUACGAUUGUUCAAAGUGACAAGAAGCUGUGGCCAUUCAAGGUGGUUGAAGGCUCCGAUGAUAAGCCCAUGAUUUUGGUUACGCACAAAGGCAAAGAGAAAAGAUGUGCUCCUGAAGAUAUCUCAUCCAUGGUUCUUGGGAAAAUGCGGGAGAUUGCUGAAACCUAUCUUGGAUCAACUGUGAAGAACGCAGUGGUCACGGUCCCUGCUUACUUUAAUAAUUCACAGCGAGAGGUGACAAAGAACGCUGCUAUUGCUGCAGGCCUAAAUGUGAUGCGUAUCAUUAACGAACCAACUGCAGCAGCCAUUGCAUAUGGCCUGGACAAGAAGGCUGGUUGGUAUAGUAAGAGAAAUGUACUCAUAUUUGACUUAGGCGGGGGUACAUUGGAUGUGUCACUACUUACAAUAGGUGAUGGCGUCUUUGAAGUGAAAGCCACCGCUGGCGAUACUCACCUUGGAGGGGAGGACUUUGAUAACAAAAUGGUGAAUUACUGUGUUGAGGAAUUUAAGAGGAAGAACAAUUUGGAUGUCAGUGGAAACAUCAAAACUCUUAGGAGGUUAAAAAAUGCAUGUGAAAAGGCAAAGAGGAGACUUUCAUUUACUACUACAACUGACAUUGAAAUCGAAUGUUUGCAUCAGGGUAUUGAUUUCUGUUUGACUUUUACUCGUGCCAAAUUUGAACAGCUCAACCUUCAUUUCUUCGGUAAGUGUAUGGAGCCAGUGGAGAAGUGUUUGGAGGAUGCCAAAAUAGACAUAUGUAGUGUGCAUGAUGUUGUUCUUGCUGGUGGAUCUUCUAGAAUUCCCAAGGUGCAGCAACUUCUACAGAAUGUGUUUGAGGGGAAGGAGCUGUGCAAGAGCAUAAAUCCUGAUGAGGCAAUAGCAUACGGUGCAGCUGUUCAAGCUGCAGUCUUGACAGGUGGGAACUUGUAUGGGAAACUUCAAGACUUUACUCUCUUGGAUGUUACCCCUCUCUCACUUGGAGUGGAGAGUACUGAUAUUAGUGACCCUCACAACUUCAAGCAAUACAUGAAUGUGGUGAUUCCAAGAAACUCUCGCAUUCCUAUAAAAAAGAAAACAAUCUUAGUAUCUGUUUAUGACAACCAACGUUCAGUUGCGUUCCCUGUUUAUGAAGGUGAGAGUAGAAUAGCCAAACAGAAUAACCUGUUAGGUAAUUUUUCACUUGAUAACAUUCCUCCUGUUCCUGCGGGUGAAGCUAAAUUUGAUGUUUGCUUUGAUAUUGAUGCAAAUGGUAUCUUGAGUGUCUCUGCUGAGGACAUGUCCACAGGCCAAAAGAAGGGGAUUACAAUCAACAGCGAAAGAAGUACUCUUGAAGGUAUUGAGAGCGCUAUGUAG